UGGUGUUGCGGCCCGGCUGGCACACGUGUUUCAGGUAAAGCCUCCAAUGUAUCAAGUUACUUUAAAGCAGAUAACUGAGAAGAUCAAGACUGUUGAGAAAGAAAACAGAGAACUUGAGGAAAAUCUAUCCGCUUGGGAGCAGAAGGCCAACGACACAAAGAAAUGCAUGGAGGAGACCAUUAGGCAAAAGAUGCUCUCUGAGGAAGCACUGAAGUUUAAGGAGUACAUGCCAACCAUGGAGAGGGUUAAUGAGAGUUUGAAAGGCUUCAUUCAAAGUGCUCGAGCUAAGCUGCAGGCAGCACUGGAGCAGACCGCCCCGCGUCCGCGCUCGAGGGUGGGAGCCUGGGAGCAGAACCUCCCUGUGAACGACGACCCAGAAUUUCACGGACUAAAUGAACCUGCGUGA